GAAGGAGCGGCGUUCAUAAGUGUGAAGAGACAAGAGCGAGAGCGCACACAGAGAGACGAGCGGCAGCAGCGGCGUCAGCGGCACAGCAACAGGACCGAGGGCGCGGAGAAGUGCCCCAAAACUGCGCGCUACGGCACAGACAUCGCGUUUCAAACUUGUGCAACUUUUAAAAACAACUAUGGUUCAAAUACGGAUUGCUUUUUAAGUAGUACCCCUCAUUCCUGACAUCUGGUUUUACAUAAGAUCAGAGGUGUUUGGUGAUGCGCAUCUGACUUGGAUUAACGCGCGGAGAUAAAAGGUGAUUCUGCGCACUUUGGGCAUUAUGUAAGACAGGUGUGUGAGAGCAGACAGCCGCAGCCAUGAAGUCAGUGCUGGACGGAGUGGCCGACACCACCUUCAGGACUAUCACCUCUGGGCUGCAGUACCUGGGCUCCAAUGAUGCCAACUACGACGAUCCCCUCAACAAUGUGGACUUUAAGAGCUCCUUCUCACUGCAGAAGCCGCUGUCGGCUUUCCGCAGUAACUCCUUUCCAGACAAAGUCCCUGUGGACGAGGACCUCAUUUUAAAAAACAUCCCAUUUUUCCCCACCAAUGCCACAGACCUGUUUAGUAACCGGACUCUGCGGGAGGAUGGCAGUAACAUUCAGUGUGGGGAGAACUUUAUGGACAUGGAGUGCUUCAUGAUCCUGACCCCGAGCCAGCAGCUGGCUGUGGCCGUGUUGUCUCUGACCCUGGGCACCUUCACUGUGCUGGAGAAUCUGGUGGUGCUGUGUGUCAUCCUCCAGUCUCGCACACUGCGCUGCAGACCCUCCUACCACUUCAUUGGCAGUCUGGCCAUCGCCGAUCUCCUGGGCAGCAUUAUAUUUGUGUAUAGUUUCCUGGACUUUCACAUUUUUCACAGAAAGGACAGCCCUAAUGUGUUUCUGUUCAAGCUGGGCGGAGUCACCGCCUCCUUCACUGCGUCAGUGGGCAGUCUGUUCCUCACUGCCAUAGACCGCUACAUUUCCAUCCACCGCCCCUUGGCCUACAGACGCAUUGUGACGCGCACCAAGGCUGUCAUCGCCUUCUGCAUGAUGUGGACCAUCUCCAUAGUUAUUGCAGUGCUACCUCUGUUUGGCUGGAACUGUAAGCGUCUCAACUCUGUGUGCUCUGACAUCUUCCCCCUCAUCGAUGAAAACUACCUGAUGUUCUGGAUCGGAGUGACCAGUGUCCUGGUCCUCUUCAUCAUCUACGCCUACAUCUUUAUCCUGUGGAAGGCACACCACCACGCCGUACGUAUGCUGAGCCGCGCCUCUCAGAAGAGUCUGGUGGUGUACUCUGCCGAUGGGACUAAAGUGCAGACCACACGGCCGGAGCAGGCACGCAUGGACAUCCGCCUGGCCAAGACCCUGGUGCUGAUCCUGGUGGUGCUGGUGAUCUGCUGGGGCCCCGUGCUGGCCAUCAUGGUGUACGACCUGUUCUGGAGGAUGGAUGACGAUAUCAAGACAGUGUUUGCCUUCUGCAGCAUGCUCUGCCUACUCAACUCCACAGUCAACCCCAUCAUCUAUGCUCUGAGGAGCAAGGACCUACGGCACGCCUUCCUGAGCUCGUGCCACGCCUGCCGGGGCAGUGGGCAGCAGCUGGACAACAGUCUGGAGUCGGACUGUCAGAACAGACACAUCUCUGCACACCGCGCCGCCGAGAGCGCCGUCAAGACCACUGUGAAAAUCGCCAAAGUCACUAUCUCUGUGUCCACAGACACCUCGGCUGAGGCUGUGUAGGGCUGACACAGGGGACAAUCUGUAAAUGUCACCCAAAACAUCCAACACAAUUAAGGAAAAAAAACCCAUCUCAGCUGACAUGUCACAGACUGGCUCUGGAGGCGGCAGUGGCGUUUGUGUGCCUAAGUGCCAAAUGGUGAAGCAAGGUCAUAGAAGACUCACUACUUUAAUGAGAGGAGUACCAUAAGUGUGACAUAGACUUUGUGAUACUCAUGUAGUGAAGGCAUAAUCUAUUUUUAUACUGUGAUUCAGGUUUUGAAAACAAAAUAACUUCAUCAAUGGGAUAAGGGGCUACUGAUGUUCUUAAUUCAACUCAGUUUGACUGUGUCAUGUUGACGUCAUGUGUGUCUUGCACCAUAACAAACCUAGGCCUUGAAUUCCGGCUUCAUCUACAUGCUGCAUAUGGACAAUUAUGAAGACUAAAAUAUAACCCAUCAUUAUGUGUUUGGCAUUAAAUGUCUUUUGUACUGAAAGAACUAACUUAUGACAACACUCAGUGAGUGGCAAAUACUAGAAUGCUUAACAGGUGAAUAAAAUGUCAUGCAAAAAUAAAAUAAAUCAGCAUCACAAACAAGUCAAAGAUGAGAUAAAAGAUGAGGUUUGUCCGCAUAAAUCUCAAAUGGCAUUUUCCUGGACAGCGACAGUUGUCCCUGUCGUCAGGUCCACUCUCUAACUGUUAAACUUUUGGAGUGUCUUUGUUCAAAUGUAAAUCUAACCAACUGUACAGUGUUACAUUGAAAGUGUUUGAGACAUUUAGCAGCAGCUACUCCACAAGCUUCUGGCCAAAGCUUGGACGCCUUGGAGAGUUUGGACGCAGUGUGCUGGUCACUACUGUCACAAAAGUGUGUUUGAAGAGCUAUUACAUGGAUUGUAUGACUGACUAUUACUGUGCGUGUGCUAUUGUGUGAUAUUUACCCACCCUGAGCCUUUCAUCAUUGCAGUAACCUGUUUUAGUGCUAUACUGUUGCAGCAGACCUCUUUUCGGUGGGGAAAAUAAAGGCUAAACCAUGCACAGACCUAUAGUAACAUCCUUCUGGCAUUAAACAUUCAUUUUUUCUGAAAAAAGGGGGUCAUUCUAUUAGCUGGUUACUUGAAAUAAAGCUUUUGUGUAUACAUAAUGUAGAAAAGCAACAACUGGUCUUACAAAACAAUCUGAGAAUAUGUGAUUUUACAAAUAAACAAUGUAGUACUUUGAAAACCUUAGAGAUCACAGCACAAUCGUCCUGUAGACAUUUAUCUUGGUGUAAAGUCGUCAGACAGCUGUAUCAGUAUGCUUCGCUGCCUCUGUAUUAGUGAGUAUUGAAGAUCAAAUUGUCAAUUGUCAAGUGGCUUCUGUACAUUGGUGGCAUAACAAGGACAAAAAACACAAGUGUUUUUAGUAUUGCUGUUUUCAAACUUUUGAAUAAAGUUGCAAAUGG